GGCCCUGCCCGCCUCGGCCCGGAGAUCGUGCCCAGCUCGGACCUCCGUUCUUGAAUUAAAAUUUCCAAAUUCCCUCUGUACAGUUACUUGAAGGAAUAAAGACGGUAUUCCGGAAUGGGACGGCUGAGGUGGGGGGGCGUUGGGGAAGGGGGGAAAGAUUAAUGGUGGAUGAAAGUAAUUACGGAGAAUCGGCUCCUUUUAAAGUUUUCCGUGAACAGUGGGCAAGCUUCGUAAAGAGAGGAGUAAAGUCGACUCGGAAUCUGAGGCCACAGUGACGUAAGAGGUGGCCGGUUGUACAUCUUUAAAGCCUCAGAAAUCAAGUUCUGUGAAAAUGACUCUUCAGGAAAUGGUGCUUCAAGCUGCUGCUCUUUACUCUGACCGAAUAGCUGUAUGUUUUGAUGGAUGUAAUAAUCAAUGUCCAGUUUAUCAUACCUACAGAUCUGUGGUUAAUUUUGCCUCAGAAUUAUCUAGCUUUCUACAACUACACUGCAGUUUUGAAGGAAUUCAUGAAAUUGGUCUUUACUGCUAUCCAGGAAUAAAUUUACCAUCAUGGAUUUUGGGAAUUCUUCAAGUCCCUGCUGCAUAUUCUCCAGUUGAUCCAGAUAUAUCCCCAGAAUUAUCAGCCUAUUUUAUGAAAAAAUGUAACCUCAAGUAUAUCCUCGUUGAAAAAAACCAAGUUGAUAAAUUCAAAGCUUCCCAUGAAACUUGGUUAAGUAAUGAUACCAUUACAGUAGACCAUACUGGUUUAACACUUUUUGAACUUCACUGGAAUGAUACUGAUGUCAACUUGAUUCUACCUGAUAAGAAAGAGAACAAUGGAAAGGAAAAAAUGAAUAAUUGCAUCAGUUCUUUGAACAGCAAUGAAGAAAAAGCAAAAAAAUGCCUGGAUGUCAGAUUUCAGCAUUGUUUAGCUUAUGUUCUACAUACCUCAGGAACUACAGGAAUCCCUAAGAUUGUCAGAGUGCCUCAUACAUGUAUAGUACCAAAUAUUCAACAUCUUCGGACACUCUUUGAGAUCACACAGGAAGAUAUUCUUUUCAUGGCUUCCCCUUUGACAUUUGAUCCAUCCGUUGUGGAGAUAUUUCUUGCUUUGACAAGUGGAGCAUCUCUGCUUAUAGUUCCCAAUGCUAUUAAAAUGCUGCCAUCGAAAUUAACUACUGUUCUGUUUCACCAUCACCAUGUAACAGUUCUCCAGGCUACACCAACACUGCUUAGAAGAUUUGGAUCUCAGCUCAUCAGGUCAUCUAUUUUAUCCGCUACAACUUCACUUCGUGUAUUAGCUCUUGGUGGCGAGGCAUUCCCGUCAUUGAGUGUCCUCAGAAGCUGGAGGGAAGAAGAGAAUAAAACUAAGAUAUUUAAUAUCUAUGGUAUCACAGAGGUAUCCGCCUGGGCAACAUGUUACAGGAUUCCAGAAGAAGAUCUUACCUCUACUGUGGGAGUUGAGUCCCCUGUGCAAUUGGGAUUUCCACUGCUUGGAACAGUAGUUGAAGUCAGAGAUGCAAAUGGUUUGACAGUUCGAGAAGGGGAAGGCCAAGUAUUUUUAGGUGGUGAGAAGCGGGUAUGUUUUCUUGACGAUGAAAUAACUCUACCUUUCGGUACAAUGAGAGCGACUGGUGAUUUUGUUACUGUGAAAGGUGAAGCAGUGUUUUUCUUGGGACGGCAAGACAGUCAAAUUAAACGUCAUGGCAAACGUAUUAACAUUGAAUGUGUACAGCAGGUUGCUGAACGAAUAUGUCAAGUAGAAUCCUGUGCAGUUAUAUGGUAUCAUCAGGAAAAAUUAAUUCUGUUUGUGGUGACCAAAGAUGGUUUAGUGAAGGAUGGUAUUUUAGGAGAACUUCAAAAACAUCUUCCAAGUUAUGCAGUCCCAGAUGACAUUAUGGUGAUUGACGCUUUACCAUUUACAUCUCAUGGCAAAAUCGAUGUGUCUGAGUUAACCAAGAUUUACUUUAACUACAUAAAUUUGAAGUCUAGCAGUAACCUUAAAGGAAAAGAGGAACUGUGGGAAAGAUUGCAGUGCUUAUGGAAGUCCUCUCUGAGACUUCUGGAAGAUCCUUUGGAAGUUUCUAAAGAUUCACUAUUCCUUAAUAAUGGUGGUGAUUCCUUAAAGUCCCUUUGGUUCAAUAAUGAGAUUGAGAAUCUGGUAGGUAGAUCAAUACCUGGACUUCUAGAAGUUAUUCUCAGUCGCUCCAUCUUAGAUAUAUACUAUCACAUUCUCCAAGCAGUGUUUCCAGAUGAAGAUAUACCAUUCAGGAGGAGUAAUGGCACAAAAAGAAAAUUCAGUGUCAUGAAUAGAGGAGAAAUAAGUGGCAAAUAUGUUGAUCAGAAAUCUGGAAGGCCUCUGAAUUCUGGCAAAGAGCAGAAUGCUUUUAUUGCAUUGAGCAGAGGAAAUCAGAUUUUGUUUGUGAAUGUCUCCAAGUCUUUAAAGAAUUCUCUAAGUAUGAGACAGACAGGAACUAAGUUAGAAAAAUAUCCUUCAACAUCUUCUGAUUUCAUUUCAUCUGAAGAGUCCAGUUUUGUUCAAAAUAUGACAAGCAAAAGCCCUUUAACAAUUAUCCGGAAGAUGGAUGGUGCAGAAGAGAUCAGCCCUGUGUCAAAAAUUUCAGAAGAUGAAACUUCUAUGAGAGCGUCUGAGAAAAUAAAGUUAUGUGUCAGGUGGAAGUCCAAUACUGGCAAAUGUGUGGAUGCUUCACCUCUCAUUGCAGUAUUACUUCUCAAUCAGUCAUCUGCGACUGUCUACAUUGGAUCCCAUUCUCACAGGAUACAAGCAGUUGAUCUCUAUUCUGGGAAAGUGAAAUGGGAACAGAUCUUGGGAGAUCGCAUUGAAUCCUCAGCUUGUCUCUCUCAUUGUGGAAAUUUCAUUGUAGUGGGCUGCUAUAAUGGUUUAAUUUAUGUGCUCAGAAACAGUAAUGGAAAAAUACAUUGGAUAUUUGCUACCAAGGAUACCGUUAAAAGCUCUGCAACCAUGGAUCCAUCCACAGGCCUCAUAUAUGUGGGAUCUCAUGACCAUCAUGCAUAUGCUUUGGAUAUUUAUAAGGAGACCUGUGUUUGGAAGUCACAUUGUGAAGGAACUGUCUUUUCUUCACCAUGUCUAAGCCUGGCGCCCCAUCACUUAUAUAUUGCUACACUGAAAGGAGUUCUAUUGGCCUUAAAUCCUACUACUGGAAAUAGAGUCUGGACACAUUCCUGUGGAAAACCUCUUUUCUCUUCCCCACAAUGCAGCUUGCAGUAUGUUUUGGUUGGUUGUGUGGAUGGGAAUUUAUACUGCUUUAACCACAUGGGGCAACUGGUUUGGCAGGUCUCUACUAAUGGACCAAUCUUUUCAUCCCCGUGCAUUUCUGACUUAAUGAAGCACGAAAUCUUUUUUGGCUCCCAUGAUUGCUUUAUCUACUGUUAUGAUAUGGAAGGACAUUUUCAGUGGAAAUUUGAGGCUACUGCAAGUAUAUACGGAACACCAUUUACUUUCCACAAUCAUAAUCUAAGCAGUGAAAUGCUGCUAGCAGCAGCAUCUACUGAUGGAAAACUAUGGGUCUUGAAUGCUAAAAGAGGACAGUUACAAACAGUACAUAAGCUUCCUGGAGAAGUUUUUUCAUCUCCUGUGGUCUGGCAAUCAAUGGUUGUUGUUGGGUGUCGAGAUGACUAUGUUUAUUGUCUGGAUUUGUUGGGUGUUACUGAAAAAUAACCAUCAGAUAACCAAAAAUAACCAUAACAUCUUUACUGUUUUUAUCAGUACCAAAUGGAUAGAAACUAUGUGUUUUACAUGUACAGAGAGCUAUGCUUAAGUACUGUCCAUAUCAAAGCUAUUUUGGUUAAUAAAUGAUUUAUCUGGGAAUGACCAUUUUGAACAUCCUUUGUUUGACAGGCCAUGAUUAUUGCAGAACCUGUUGAAUGAGCUGGUUACACAUAUCAUGCUCACUAAUGGUUCUGAUAGUCAAUGUAUGCCGUCAGAUAUUUCAAUUAAAAAGAUCUUGGGCCUAGAAAUGGAGAAUUGAGUGACUUGUACAAAGUCACAAAGAUUAGGAUAGGAAGUAGAAAGGGAAUUAAAACCUUUCAUUCCUAGUCUGUGCUAUUUUCCUGUGCAUUAGAUUUGUUUGUCUUUUUGCCCCAUUAGUUUGUACACGAUAAGUGUUUUUUUAAAAAAAAAUUCUUGUUGAAUUGGAUAAGUAUGGCAGCAGGAUACUUGAUGAGUGCAGUCUCUUUGCUUGCUGUUGCACUAUUUGUUUGUUCUUUCUCAGUAAGAUUUACAGGACACUUGGGUUUUUGCUGUCAGAGAUGUGAUCUUUUCAUAAGUGAACAAGUUUCCUUUAUUAGAAAGUAAAAUUACUGGAUGAUUUCAGUUAGCGUACUCUCUAUCAUUUUCUCUUUUAGUAACAUUUCCUCCCUGAGGACUAUGUUAAUUUAUUCUUCUAUGGGCUUUAACUUUUAAUUUAACUUAAGUGCUUUCUCACAUGUAUCUUUUAUGUUAACUGUGAGAAAAGUUUAAUUACUUUAAAAAAUUGCUCAGUUCCUUUUCCUGAAAUCUCACAGCAUAUGAUUCAAAGUCAUUUACUAACAAAAUGCCUAUGAAUGUAAGCUAUAGUAGUGACUCAAGUAAUGGUAACAGGAUUUCCUACUGAUUUUUUUCCUGUCUUCCAUCCCUAGAUUGAGAAUCCACUAUUGUGAAUAAUCUAGUCUGUACACAAAUACCCUGUAAAGGUUAGAUUUUUGUUGUUAUUGUUGUUGUUGUUUUUGUUUGUUUGUUUUUUGUGGCUACCUUACCAAGCUCUUCAAUUGGUUUCUGGUCCAUGUUAGAUGAAUUCCAAUUUGGAAUACAAAUUAAAUUUCUUUUUACUGCUAAGUGCUUAAACAAUUUUUUUCCCCACAGCCAGUGAGAGCUAUAAUGAAAUAUUGCCUAAAAUGAAAACAUUCCAAAAUUUUCUAGUCCAACAACUAUUAUAAGUGGAUUUAAUGAAAUUCCAUUUUCAGAUAGUGAGAACACUAGAUAAAAACUACAUUUUGAAAUGAGGUCAUCUUGCUACUGAAGCACUUACAGAUUUUUUUAUUCAAAGACCUUCUCCUUCCCUUUCCCCCCAACCAUAAUGGACGAUUUACAUAAAACCAUAUACAACCAAAAUCUAUAGUUAAAAUUACAGUAAUGUAUCUUCUCAUCA